UUUCUGUAAAUCCAGUAUAAUUUCACGCCUAAACGGGGGUGUGAUAUGAGGAAGUGUUCCUAUAUAUAACACCAGUCCGACGGUCAGACUGUAGUUUUGACUCGAACGUCUUGUAAUUCUGGAGUGAUUAUUCUGCUCUCGUCACACACCUACGACGGUGGAGCAGCUCCCAACUCCGGCCGCCCUUCGUCCUCUCCAUCGCUUGCGGAGUUCGUAAAGCUCCCAUUUCCCAAUGGAUUACGAACGGAUUGAGAAACCCUCACUCACGAGCACAAUCCCUGAUCUGAGAGGGUGGAGGGUUUUCUCCGGGUAAGCUCAGGGCUAUGCUUCUUGGAGUGGAGAAGAGGAGGCAGGAUGAGAAAGAGGAGCUGGAGGCGAGGUUUUCUUUAACAUCUGACCUCGGAGAGGCAGAGGACCGACGUACGAGCACAGCCGAUAACUACAAGGAUGUGGAAAUAGUGAGCCUGAGUUCUAGGGUUCCAGCGCAGGAGGAGGAUUCGCUGGAUGCGGACAGCGUGUUGUCCGGAUUCGAGUUCCAGCGGGCGGAGCGUGCUCAGCAUCAUCGGUCGGUGUUAAUGCCGCCGUUCUCGAAGCCGGCGCCUUCUAAGUGGGACGACGCGCAAAAGUGGAUCGCUAGCCCGACGUCGAGUAGACAAGGGAAAGGUGGGACGGCGCAGCCGAAGAAGACCGGGUUAAUGGGGCAUGGUGGUAGGCAGCAGGCGGUGGCGUCGAAGGUGAUUUUGGAAGUACCGGAGGAGGCGGGCACUAAGAAGAUCGAUCUGAACCAGGGAAGGAAGGAGACGUGCAGGAAGAAGGGGGUGACUGGGGCACCGGAGGCUUACUCUCUGGUGGACUGGGGCAUCAGGUCGGCUCCUAUGGUUGAGGACUCUAUGCAAGAUCCUGCAAGUAAGUACAUGGUCCGCAGUUUGCAUACGCAAAUAAACUUUUGAAAGCAGAUAUAUGCAACUGUGGUUUUUGCAUGCCGGUGGUUUUACGCAAGUUACUUUUGAUUCGCUU